AUGAAGUGUGUUUUCUGUCGGCUGUUUUUCCUCCUCCUGUGGAUUAUUAAUGAUUCGGGAAUAUGUACAUCUCAUCAAGGUAUUCCCCUGUCAGUUGUAAAACUUUGGGCUUCGGCGUUUGGCGGAGAGAUAAAAUCCAUCGCAGCUAAAUAUUCAGGCUCUCAGCUGCUGCAAAAGAAGUAUAAGGAGUUUGAGCACUCGGUGAGGGUGGAGGAGAUCGAUGGCAUCAAACUGGUCAAGAAACUCGCUGCCAAAAUGGAGCAGAGGUUUCACAAGAAAGCUGAAGCCAUAAAGCGUUUGGUGGAAGCUGCAGAAGAAGCACACCUGAACCAUGAGGAGGAUCCUGACCUACAGUACGAGUAUUUUAAUGCAGUGUUGAUCAAUGAAUUGGACGAGGAGGGCCGCAGUCUGGAGCUGGGUGGAGAAUUCAUCCUUCAGCCAAAUGAACAUUUCAAUAAUCUGUCAGUAAACCUCAGCCUCAGUGUCGUCCAGGUGCCAACCAACAUGUACAACAAAGACUCUGAUAUCGUGAACGGGGUUUUCUGGUCAGAGGCUCUUAAUACUGUGUUUGUGGACAACUUUAAAAGAGACCCUUCUCUCCUAUGGCAGUAUUUUGGCAGUGCUCAGGGUUUCUUCAGACAGUAUCCAGGAAUGAAGUGGACGCCUGAUGAACACGGGGUUCUAGAGUUUGACUGUCGAAAUCGGAAAUGGUAUAUCCAGGCCGCUACGUCUCCUAAAGAUGUGGUGAUUUUGGUGGAUGUGAGCGGCAGUAUGAAGGGUUUACGGCUCACCAUCGCUAGACAGACCGUCUCCUCCAUACUGGACACACUCGGAGACGACGACUUCUUCAACAUCAUUGCUUACAACGAGGAUCUGCAUUACGUGGAGCCGUGUCUGAACGGAACAUUAGUACAGGCUGACAUCACCAACAAAGAUCAUUUCCGCCAGCGUCUCGACAAGCUCCUCGCUAAAGGUAUCGGCAUGCUGGACAUGGCUCUGACGGAGGCCUUCGAGCUGCUCAGCAAUUUUAAUCAGACAGGCAGAGGCAGCGAGUGCAGUCAGGCUAUAAUGCUGGUGACAGACGGCGCUGUGGAGACAUAUGAUGCUGUGUUCGCCGUCUACAACUGGCCUGACAGGAAGGUGCGUGUUUUCCCAUACCUGAUUGGUCGAGAGUCUGCCUUCGCUGAUAACCUGAAAUGGAUGGCCUGCGCUAAUAAAGGUUAUUUCACCCAGAUCUCCACGCUGGCGGACGUACAGGAGAACGUGAUGAAGUAUCUGCAUGUUCUCAGUCGGCCCAAAGUCAUCGAUCGAGAGCAUGACAUGGUGUGGACUGAAGCCUACAUCGACAACACUCUGGAAGACGCUCAGGGCCCUGUGCUCAUGACUACUGUGGCCAUGCCUGUGUUCAGCACUAAAAACGAGACCAGGAAUAAAGGGAUUCUCCUUGGAGUGGUUGGCACAGAUGUACCAGUGUCGGAAAUACUGAAGGCCAUCCCCAAAUACAAGCUGGGAAUCCAUGGAUAUGCCUUUGCCAUCACCAACAACGGAUACAUCCUCACCCAUCCGGACCUGCAGCCGCUGUAUGAAGAAGGGAAGAAGAGGAGAAAGUCCAGUUACAGCAGUGCAGAUCUGUCCGAGGUGGAGUGGGAAGACAAGGAGGACGAGCUGCGUAACGCUAUGGUGAACAGACAGACCGGAAGCUUCUCUAUGAAAGUCAAGAAAACUGUGGAUAAAGGGAAGCGUGUGCUCGUUCUUCACAAUGAUUACUACUACACAGACAUUAAAGGAACGCCCUUCAGCUUAGGAGUGGCUCUGUCUGGAGGUCAUGGCAGAUAUGUGUUCAGAGGAAAUAUCUCUGUUGAGGAAGGACUGCAUGAUUUGGAGCAUCCAGAUGUUGCGUUAGCAGAUGAAUGGAUGUACUGUAACACAGAGGAACAUCCAGACCAUCACGUCCUCUCUCAGAUUGAAGCCAUUAAGCUGUAUUUUAAUGGAGAAGCGCAUCUGAAGUGUGAUGGGGAGCUGGUGCAGGAGGUGUUGUUUGAUGCGGUGGUCACGGCACCACUGGAGGCGUACUGGACCAGCCUCGCACUCAAUAAAUCAGAAAACUCUGAUAAAGGUGUGGAGAUCGCUUUCCUCGCCACUCGAACCGGAUUAUCACGCAUCAACCUUUUUGUGACGCCAGAUCAACUGACCAAUCAAGGCUUCCUGACAGGAGAGGAUAAAGAGGUACAGUUCAGCGCUGAUCAUUUUCCUCUGUGGUACAGAAGAGCUGCUGAACAGGUGCCCGGCACAUUUAUCUACAGCCUUCCUUAUGACGCAGGCUCUGAGAAUAAGAGUGUGGUUUUGGCCAGCAGCGCAAUUCAUCUGCUGGACGAGAGAGAGUCACCCAUCGCUGCAGCUGUAGGUAUUCAGAUGAAACUAGAGUUCUUUCAGAGGAAGUUCUGGACCGCCAGCAGACAGUGUGCGGCGCUUGAUGGAAAGUGUUCAAUCAGCUGUGAUAAUGAUGAUAUCAGCUGCUAUCUCAUAGACAACAAUGGGUUUAUUAUUGUGGCCGAGGAUCAGUCUUUGACUGGUGUGUUUUUUGGAGAGCCUGAAGGAGCUGUGAUGGGCAAACUGGUGUCAAUGGGCUCUUUUAAGAGGGUGAAUCUGUAUGACUACCGGGCCAUCUGUAGGGUGUAUGCGCAGACCAGCGACACAGCACACACACUCCUACACCCCUACUUUGCUCUGUUCGCAGCUAUCCGAUGGCUCCUGACGGAGUUUGUCAUAUUCCUGGUUGAGUUUAACCUGUACAGCUGGUGGCACUCUGACCUCACCAUUACGGCUCAGAGAGGAGGAAGAACUCUACUGGUUCCCUGUGACACCGAGUAUCCAGCCUUCGUGUCUGAGCGCACCAUUAAAGAGACUGUGGGCAAUAUUGACUGUGAAAGCUGUGUGAAGUCAUUUGUGAUUCAGCAGAUUCCCAGCAGUAACCUCUUCAUGGUGGUCAUCGAUAACACAUGUGACUGCAGUGACUUCGGACCCGUGACCAUGGAGCCUGUCGAAAUCAUGUAUAAUGAGUCUCUGAAAUGUGAGCGGCUGAAGUUUCAGAAGGACAGAAGACGUCCAGACACGUGCCACCCAUUCCAUCACGAGGAGAACUCAAUGGAGUGCGGUGGUUCAGUGAGUCUGUCUCCAUCAUCUCCAGCUCUUCUAGUGCUAAUAAUCUUCAUCUUCAGCAGGUGAUGAAAACCCAGUUUGACCCAGCGUCCAGCAUGCAAAAACCCAUCAGUCAUCAGUUUAUUUACACCCGGAAUCUCGAAUCACCUGUUGAUCAACCGCUUUUUAGUAUUGUCCAUAUUUUAUAUACACUUCUAGUUAAUGGACCCUUCUCACAUUUCUCCCAGGUUUCUUAGCAUUGAAGUGGUCAUCGUUGGUAAGCUCAGAGCGCAGUGAAUGGGAGAGUACAACACAAAUACAUUGUUUACUAUCCUAUUAGCUGAAAUAAUGACAGAAAAACUCCAGGAUGGUGUUAUCAAGACUUUCAGAAAGAGGAAAACAAUAGUGUGAGACUGAUAACGGCAGUCAGAAGAGAGAAUAGAGUCAGAUUUACUGUCCUGCACACACACACACUGCAUUACACACACCUCACACAAGCAGAAAUUCGGUAAU